AUGCUCUCACCAGAGAAAGGGAACACGUAUGGAAUGGGAGGUGGCAUCGGUGCUGACGAAAACCACGACGCCGCCGCUCUCGAUGCGAGAAAGAAGAGAACCUUCCGCAAGUUCUCGUACCGCGGUAUUGAUCUCGACAAGCUCUUGGACCUCUCGUCCGAGCAGUUGAUGGACCUCGUCAACGCCCGCCCCCGCAGACGUUUCCAGCGCGGUCUUAAGCGCAAGCCCAUGGGUCUUAUCAAGAAGCUCCGUCAGGCCAAGAAGGACGCCCCCGCCCUCGAGAAGCCCGCCGUCGUCAAGACCCACCUCCGUAACAUGAUCGUCGUCCCCGAGAUGAUCGGCUCCGUCGUUGGUGUCUACAACGGAAAGACUUUCAACCAGGUCGAGAUCAAGCCCGAGAUGAUUGGUCACUACCUCGGAGAGUUCUCCAUCACCUACAAGCCCGUCAAGCACGGUCGCCCCGGUAUUGGUGCCACUCACUCUUCCCGUUUCAUUCCCCUCAAGUAA